UCUUCCCACCGUCUGCGGAGGCCGCGGGACCACCGUCCCCGUGUCAUCAGAAUGCCGCGGCGAAAGCGCGGAAUUUCUCCCCCACGGCUGUAUAGCGGGCGUCGGAAAAAAGGCAAGAGCGGUGUACCUCUCACCGGACUCUCGGCAAACUGUCCACGACGUUCUCAGUUGCAAUACGGGCACACCGGAUUAACGGCUAUGACGACUCGGCUCCUGGCGAUCCUGCUCUCCCUCUCCGCAGUUGGUAUGCCGCUACCGUACGGGAAGUGGCCAUUUGCGAGAGAUAUAUCAAGGCUCCGGUCAACAUGCGUCGAGGGGGAGAACUUCGUGCAUCCCCGGGGUGAUGCCUACUACCUGACAUGCACUGACGGGGCACUCAGGCAACGAUGGUGUGGCGUGGACCGGCUUUUCUCCACCUAUGCCCGGAAGUGCGUGAAUGCCCGGACAAGUCAUCCUGAAAGCGGUACCAUUCAGCGACUUCCUUCACCUGGCACCGUGCGCCUUGAACACGAACGACGAUACUUGCGCUCACCUACCCCCUCCGGCCGUGGGGCGCAGUCUAUUAACAAGACAAGAACGAAAUUGAUAGUCAAUGACAACAACGCCAUAUAUUUCAAGAAGACAGAAAAACGAGAGAAAGCUGUACCGGAUAAAAAUGCGUUCAUUGAAGAUUUCAGAUACGAAAGACUUCAAGAUAUUCGUCCAAGGCCGCAACAAUUGCUAAUCGUGGCAGAUCGACGGAGGAGUGACAUGGCCCGUUCCCAAGCCUGCGUCGGUUGCUUCCGGAAGCGUGUGCUUCCUGUGGCCGAAAAAGUUAAGUCGCCGAUGGUGACAAGAUCAUCGAAGAGGUCAUCAUUAAGCAAUAAGUUUUCUGUUUCCACUCGUACUACUAGAGGUAGUACGAGUGGAAACACUCGUACUACUAGAGGUAAUAGCCGAAGUUCAAUCAGUUAUAUUUCUUCCCCAAAAUAUAAGAGGAGGAUUGAACCAUCGAGGCCCCUAUCGUACACUCGUUCGCCAACGCCCUUAAAAGAGAACAGGAGCUUGGCAGUAUCACCUACCGUUGAACUAUUGCGCACACUGCCAACUGUGAGAACAAGAAAAGUGUUCCCCGCGGCUUCAACUCCGGUUAAUUUUAAAUCUACACGAAAAAAAUGUUUUCGGACAACGAAGUUCCUCAGCAGCAUUGCCGACGUGGAUAAGAGAACGCGCUCGACUUCGUUGCCCUCACAGACAAAACCGGAAGCGCUCAAACCCCGAGUGUCUGCGUCAGAGCAUUCUACAGCUAAUGUGGGCAACGAUGCAGCUGACAUAAAUGCAGUGCAGGAAGACGUGGCCAUUAACCACUUUAUAACGACAACUGCAAGUUAUAAGCAAAGUACGCACGACAGCGCUGAAGACUUUAGAAGUGUGGCAUCACCAAAGGUGGAAACUUCAGAGGGACCUGAAAGAAAUAAGAAUACUGCCCAAAAUAGGUCUGGCUCUAUUGAAACUGUUCAUAUGUCGCUUGUAGAGAAUACACCUGCAGUCACGCACGCUUCAUUGAACGGUGAGAACUUAGCUCCGCCAUCGACCUCAGGUAGCAAUCCAAGCACAAGCAGCACACGCAUUGUAAUCACUGAAUCUUCUGUUUUAAUAACGGAGGAAGAAGGAAGAAUCAACUCAUCAGAAGAUUCAUUGCAAGAAAUUCUCGUUUCAGAAAAUAUGAGAGACGCCCCUCUAGAAGUUGAACAGCAGCAGGAUGACGUGCGGACUAAAACAGAUGUCAGCAGCACAGCCAUAUACGCAAAAACUGAAGCUGCGCUACAACAUUCGUCGGAAGAUGUCACAAAUGCUUCUGGGGGAGAAACCGCAGGACCGGAACAAGCCCUGAAGCCUAAAGAAAUAGAAGGUUCGUCGGGUGAUUCUACCUCGAGUCAAAAUGAACCUUCUCUGACUGGUCUAGUCCACAAGCGCACAACCAUUUCACUGCAAGUGCCUGGAGCUGAUAAAUACGAACAAAGCUUUGAAGGGAAAAUACACGUCCGUUUAAAUCCCCCAUUGCCUUUUCAGCCUUCCACACAAGCUUCACUCGAGACCGUGUCACAAGAUUCCUCAGGGGAAGCCACACCAGUAGAACUGACAACGAACACUGCAACUCAACAAUCGCUCAAUAAGCAAGGAAGCAGUACUGAACGAUCUUCAAGUAAAGAUGUCGAUGCAUCGGACACUUUUGCAAAGUUAUCAGAAAGUGAGCAAUCGACAGUACUGACUCUAACAGGGACACCGAAGACAACUGCGCAUCGUACUUUUUCAAGCCAGAAAACACCUUCGUUGGUGAUGAGCUCCGUAGAGCAAAGGGACUCAGCAGAGUCAAGAAGUGAGACCACGUCUACCAUUGCAGCUGCCACUGGUCCCUCUCGUGAUCAGAAUACACAGGGUGAAACUGCGGGAUUUGCUACUGCUUCAGUUUCAACCAUAUCUGAGGAAAGCAAUAAAGGUAAACUGAAAGUAGCGUUUGGCUCAAGUGUAAAGACACGUGCUGGAAUUAGAGAAGACGAAGAGACAACUUUGGCAACAGAGCGUACAGAUGCGACCAUAGCAUUGCCAAUGCAAAGCAUAAACACCCCAUAUACUGAAAGCUACAGCGGAUUGUCUACCGAAAAUGAAGGAGCUUUCGUGUCCCUAUAUACGGCUACUAACGGCGCAAGACCACAUACCAGUGAAGACUUGCUUAAGAAAUCUCUUCCAGUAUUUACCGAAUCCGUUUUAGAAACGACUCUUAUUCCGUAUGCUCCUAGCGACCUCACUGACUUGCCAGUAUCUACUUUACCAUCACCAUAUCUGGCUACACGACCCGCAGAACUCACAGAUAGAAAAUAUAAAGACACACCAGGGACACCUAGCAGCAUGCAGAUGCAAGACGAAGCUCUAGAACGAGUAAACCAAGCUCAAUUGAAGUGGACGUUGACUAAGCAAGAAACAACGCCUGCAGCAGAUCAUUCAAGUACAGAUCAUUCUCAGGGGUACUAUGAAGCUAACAAAGUAAAUUAUGCUUUGCCCUCGACGGUGGGAAUUACUACCAUGCUGACACUAUUGACAGUACAAAAAAGCUAUAGCCUUCCGUCACCAGUUACAGUAAGUUACACUGCAACACGUUCCGAACCUCACGCCGCAAUAAAAACGGGAAAUGCCACACAAGGAACAACUACAGUGAGCGCUCCAGUUGUGUCACCCUUUCCCGAGAAACCUGUAACUGGCACCGGUGGCGAAGGUACUCAGAGCACUAAUAUUUUCUAUCCAAGCAACACAUCAUCACAAGAAGCACCAACCUCCCAAAUUUAUGCAGCACUGUUCACAGAUAACACUUCUCCAUAUAAUGAUAAUUUGACAGCCAUAGUGACAUCGCCGACUUUAUACACAAGUAUCGACGACGUUAAACUGAUAACUAUUACAGAAACGACAACACAGAAGACAAAGCCACAAGCUUCCCAAACUGAAGUUAUAAAUGAUUUUGAAACUAAAGUAAAUGCAGUCAUGACUAUGCUUCGCAAUGACACUGAAAACGUGGCUCCUCUGAACCAAUUAACAGAAACGAACCCUAUAUCAAACGUUAGUACGGCCAUCAGAGAUAAUUUAAAUGUGCAUUCAAAUAAACGUGGGUUGGUUGAGAGCCAGAAAAAUAAUGAUUCGUCCUCAGAUACUGCAGAUAAGUGGUUCGCUUUAACGAAUACCGUAUCUACAUCAAUGGUCUCAACUUCAGAAGCUUAUGGUCAUCACACCCCAAUUGCAAUUAACCAGGAACUGGCUACGACUGGAUAUGUUAAUCAAGUUGAUACGACGCAAACCUCUAAAGAUGUUGAAAGUUCACAGUAUUCACCGACAAUCGAAGGAAAUCGUUUAUUCUUCACCGAAUCGCUGACUUUCGAAGAUGGUCCUGAUGCGGAUACUGAAGCGCCACCACACAUAACAUCUAGCAACCGUACAAGCGAGAGGGCUGUCCUCAAAAAAAGUAGCACUAAAACAUCGUUCACAGAUGCUACAACACGGGAAAACGAAACCGAAUAUGCCUAUUCUACGAUUGUAGAAGAUUUUCAAGAGGACGUCCAUGAUGCUUCUCUCUCGUUGUCCGAGUUACAUCUCUCAAAGUCUUCCGGACGGAGUAGAUUGUUAAAUCCUUCAAUAACAGUUCAUUUGUCAACGCGCUAUUAUGGAGAGAUAAAUGGUGCAACUGAGACCACUAGUGACACUUCAACAGCUACCUCUGAGGAAGUGAGAACCGCUGCAGCAACAAAUGUUACAGGUGCGAAAACACUAAAGACUUCUACAAAGUCCCCACAAUUUUUCACAGAGAAAGUGUUGCCUCAAGAAGUCGAGAGUCCCAAGUCAAGUGAAGAGCAUUUGCCGUUCAAAGCGACUGUAGAUACAAAUGCGCACUUCAAGGCCGAAGCCUCCAUUCAGGACCCGGAGUCCCCCACCACGAUGUUAUUCGGGCCACCCAGUGACACUGAAAAAGAACAAACUGAAGGUAAUCGUGAGACGGAUGAAUCUGUUGUGAGUACACCGGUUGCGUCGCCUUCGUCAACGGUAAUUUCGCCCGUUGACCAAUAUAGUUUCUCUACUGUGAGUGAAGAGGGCUCAAGCACGACGAGUGAUAAAACCUCAUCUGUUAGGCCGCAGGUGACGACAAAAAUGGGUGAAUAUGCUACAAUACGAAAGAAAGCGCUAGUUACUUUAGGUACCGCUGCUGUAGCGGCAACCAUUACAUCAGCAGCUAUUUCCGAAAAAGCUAAAACCUGGGCAACGUUGUCGAUCCCGAGCUCUAGGCUGCAGGAGAAGACGACGAAGGCUCCUCUGUGCAAAUCUACCUUUGGUCUCUUUCGUCACCCUACUAAUUGCAAUCUCUUUGUUCACUGCUCAAACUCUGUGGCUUUUAUAAAGAAAUGCCCAGCGAACUUGCAUUUUAACGAAGAAAUAAUGGUUUGCGAUUGGCCUUACAGAGCUGGCUGCUUGAGCAAUGCUUCGUAAACACAAUUUUCCAUGUGGUACAUAAAGCUACGCAGCUAAAGAGGCCUCCAAUUCUAAAACUGCUCUACUUUUGCCAUCAAACAAAAGACAAUGUGUAUAUUGGUUUAGUUAUAAUGCAUCGCAAUGAAUUAACCAAACCUCUUUCUACGUGAAGUACCACAUGCAAAGAAAAAAACAUGACGCACGAACAUUGUACAUAAAUCCUGCCCAUGUGGAUAGCGAUGGCUCUACUGGCUGGUAACUGGCUAGUUAACCUCAGUAUGUAAAUGUUCUGCUUCCAAAUGCAUUCCAACAUUGACAAUUCUGCUAUUUCUAUUGCCGCAGUAAUAUUUGUGAACAUUAUCGAAACCAGAAUAUAUGACCGCAUUGAGAUUCUUAGCAUUUCGGCGUAAUGGGAACUGAUGUGAGUUGGGCUAUCUGUGUCGCAUAAGCUUAAGCCUACGGCCGUAAUAUUCGGUGCGUAAUUGAGUACUUUAUCCUGCCGUGAAAUGAAAAAAAUCAGUGCUGUAAACAUAUUUUCAUAGAUCAUGGUUGGGAGCCCCAAUGAAGUAAGUGAGCAUUAUGAUGCAAUCUGGUGCUGAUUAUUUUGAGUAGCCCACAUGCCUUGUAUUAUGUCGCAAUGAAAAACUGAAUAAACGCUUUAUAUAUCUUGAAAUAAAUCAUAAAACAUUAUUGAAUAAACUUGGUAUCAGAGGUUCUCCCCGAGUGCCUUGU